AUGGCAGCCGUAAAGGCUUCCUGGCUCCAGAGAACGGACUUGACCUUUUCCAAGGUCUUGUUUCAUCUUUUCUUCUGGGGUUUACAUAUUGGUCUUUUUGCUGUAGGCUGGUACAUGCAGGCAUCAAAUCCUAAACUGGCGGCUCUAAAUGCUCUCUCCUAUUCAGUUUGGAUAUCACGAGGCGCGGGCCUUGUGCUCUCGGUCGAUUGUACCUUGAUCCUGUUUCCGAUGUGUCGGAAUAUCCUUCGAUGGUUGAGGCCGCAGAUCAGAUGGCUACCGCUCGACGAAUCGGCUUGGUUUCAUCGCCAGGUAGCCUAUUCAAUGUUGGUAUUCACCGCCAUUCAUACCGGUGCUCACUACGUGAAUUUCUACAACAUUGAAAAAGAACGGAUACGGCCAGAGCUGGCAGUCACAAUUCAUUUCACUCGUGCAAGUGGUAUCACUGGUCAUGUCAUGCUUCUGUGCAUGAUGCUGAUGUACACCACUGCACAUCAUCGCAUCCGCCAGCAAGCAUAUGAGACCUUUUGGUAUGCCCAUCAUUUGUUCAUUCCGUUCAUGUUGGCGCUCUAUACACACGCCACUGGAUGCUUUGUACGGGACACCGCUGCCCCUUUUUCGCCCUUUGCAGGAAAACAGUUCUGGGACCAUUGCUUAGGCUAUGAAGGGUGGAGAUGGGAGUUGGUGAUCGGGGCUUUGUAUCUCUUCGAGCGACUGUACAGGGAGAUUCGCGCCCGACGCCCGACGGUAAUCACAAAGGUUAUCCGUCAUCCCUAUGCCGCCAUGGAGAUCCAGUUUCGCAAGCCAGGCAUGAAGUACAAAGCCGGACAAUGGCUAUUCCUCCAAGUGCCUGAUGUUUCCAGUACCCAAUGGCACCCAUUUACCAUUACCUCCUGUCCCUUCGACCCUUAUCUCAGCAUUCACGUUCGUCAAGUCGGAGAUUUCACCCGAGCACUCGGAGACGCACUCGGUUGCGGUCCUGCGCAAGCCAAAGACCUCGAAGGCCUCGACCCUAACGGCAUGUACGAAGUCGCACUGCAAAAUGGACAAACCAUGCCCGCGAUCCGCGUGGAUGGACCAUAUGGUGCACCCGCAGAGGAUGUAUUCGAAAACGAAAUCGCUGUACUCAUCGGCACCGGCAUCGGUGUUACACCCUGGGCCUCUAUCCUCAAAAAUAUUUGGCAUCUCCGUUCAAGUCCCAACCCUCCUCGCCGAUUACGACGUGUAGAGUUUAUUUGGGUCUGCAAGGACACUUCCUCGUUUGAGUGGUUCCAGGCUCUGUUAUCCUCCCUCGAAGCACAGUCUGCCAGCGCGGCUGCCAGCGAGGGAAGUGCCGAGUUCUUGCGCAUCCACACCUACCUCACCCAGCGUCUAGACGCCGAUACCGCUGCGAAUAUCUACCUGAACUCUGUCGGCCAAGCCCUCGACCCUCUCACGGAGCUGAAGAGUCGGACGAACUUCGGUCGUCCGGACUUCAAGCGCCUUUUCACGGCAAUGCGACUUGGCUUGCUGAAUCAGUCCUACAUGACGGGUCUGCAAAGUGCUGCUGCCACGGAGAUAGGAGUAUAUUUCUGUGGACCUAAUACUGCUGCGAUGCAAAUUAGCGAUGCAGCCAAGUCGUCGUCGACCAAGGAUGUCCGAUUCAAAUUCUGGAAGGAACACUUCUAG